AUGCCCUCCGCAAACAAAGGCAAAGGCAAAGGCCGCGAGGCUCGUCCAUCCCGAAGUCGCAACACUACCCCGAACUCCAGCUUCAGCGCCGGCCCGACCGCCUCCGCCCCGCUCCACAGCUACCUCGACAACGAUGUCUCCAAGCUGAUGAUGACCGGCUCGACCAUCCAGUAUGGAGAAUUGCUCGAGCGCAUGGGUGGAGUUGGCCCGAUUCCCGAUUCCAAGUCACUCGAGUUGUUGAUGGAACACCUCAAGACCCUGAGCCAGCUAGCCGAAACACGAGGUGACGCAUGCAAUGCCGGCAUCAGAGAGCUAUCACAGAAGCGCAAGGAGGUCGUUGAAGAUCAAGAGUCAGCCGAGCGAGAAGGGACCGAUCGAGUGAAGAUGAAGCGAGAAGCCGAUGACGAGGAGGAAGAGAAGGUACUAAAGGGAGGCAAGCUAAAGAGGCGCAAGGAACGCGGAAGCAGUUCCAAGGAGGAACGUCCGCUGACUCACGGUGCCCAUGAUGUUGCGCGACAAGACGGUGCUGAGACGAAGGUGGAAGGAGCCGCAUCCCCAGCAUCCAAAAAGUCCAAGAAUGCUGCUUCCGAAGAGGCCUCGUCUCUAUCCCCCACAUCGCGAAGAUCUCCCCAACCAGCUGCCGAUGAAGCGGCCGAGGAUGCAGGGUCGCCCGGAUCGGACGAUAGCUCCGAGUCACACCAACCUGAGCCCGCGCCGGCCGUGCCACAGGUGCAAGUGUUCGGUCCCAACCCGCUCAAAUUCGAUGACCCCACCAUAUAUCACAUCCGGGAGGUUACUCCAGACAUGACCGAUGAGGAGAAAAAGGCCAUCUACAGCGUCGCCCGCUUCCCCUGGAGUGAUUUAAGCCAUCUGAUGGCAGGUUCCCCUCCGGAUCGCGAUUUCAGCAGCUCCAAGCCCGCGAGUCAAGUCAACGCCAACACAUUCCUCGCCUAUAUCGAUCCAUACGUCCGACCCUUGACAGAAGAAGACAUAGCGUUCCUUAAAGAGAAGGUGAGCUCUCCAAUCGACCUCGCCAAGGCCCAUCGCUCACCCACCCAGGGCGAUCGCACGACCCCCUUCAUCAUGCCUCGACGCGGAAAGAAACACUACACCGAAGUAUGGGCCGAGGACGACGGGCUCAUGAACGUCGACCAACCCAACGGCGACAAAGAGCGGCUACCGCUCAACCAAGGCCGAGGAAACAUCGACCAAGUGACCGACGAGACCGUCGAAACCGACAAAGUCUCCGUCGGCCCUCUCGUCAGCCGACUCUACUCACUACUCCGCUAUGAGCAUAGAGCUCUCCCCGAUGAAUCCGCCCCUAACGCCAACGGCUCCGUCAACGGCGACAUGGCGAACGGCCCCAUGAACCCUGACUCCAUGGACAUUGACCACCCAACCGGCGAGACCUCCAACGAAACCAAACCUCUCCCCUCCGCAACCGCCUUCCCGGACUCCUCCCCCAACAACUUCAAAGUCCCCGCCGCCAAGCUCGACCACUCGCAGCUAGACGAGCGCCUGAAAGCCGAACUCCGCCACGUCGGUUUCCUCGGCCCAGACGACAACCCCGACUACGAUGCCCACUACGACGACGACAUCGCCCAACGCCUCCGCCUCCUCCAAAGCGAGCUCAAAAAACAAAUGAUCAUCAACAGCGCUCGCAAGACCCGUCUCCUCGACAUCGCCCGCGAACGCAUGGCCUACCAGGAGUACAUGACCAUCCACGACGACCUGGACUCCCAGGUCCAACAGGCCUACCUGAAACGCACCCGCACCCUCGGAAAAAGCAAAAAGGGCUCCCAGGCCAAACACCGUCCCGGUGGCGCCGGCGGCGGCAGCCAUGUCGUCAGUGCUGCAGGCGUCGGCCGUCCCGCGAUUGGUGAUGUUGCCCGCACGCUUAUGGAUCGACGUAAGCGGUGGCGCGAUUGCAUCGGUCUGGUCUUCAAGGAUAGUAAGACUAGUGUUCCUGGGAAGAAUGAGUCAGUCUUUGAACCAUCAUUGAUGGCGGAGGUUGAGAAGGCCGAGGUGGAGGGCUGGGAUGAAGAACAGGAAUGA